AGAGAGAGAGAGAGAGAGAGAGCCAUUGUGACGUUGCGUGUGGGUGCGUGCGUGAGUUGCGUGCGUUGCGUGUAUAUGUGCGUGUGUAUGCGUGUGUGCGUUGCCGGGACGGACGGACAGACGGGAGCCGUUCGCCAUCACUAUAGCAGCACCUUCUUCUGCGCCCGUGUCAUCUUCGGCUUCUGACUAUAUACGUAUAUAUAUAUAUAGGCGCCACGGACAGAUAUAUAUCAUUAUCAUACAUAUAUAUAAAAAAAUAAUACAGAGUAGUGUGGGCCGGAGAAAGAGAGCAACUCACAUACACAAACACAAACACACACACACACGCACGCGGGGUCGAGUUGAGAGAGAGAGAGAGAGAGAGAGCGAGUGUGUAAGGUGGGCAAGAAUCGCAGACGUUAAAAGCACGUGGAUCGGUCCUGGUCGCCAGCAGUAAGGCAUCGCUCGCUAUCGGGUUACCAGGCGUUUUUGGAAGGCUCACACACACACUCACUCACACGCACACUCACUCACUCUCACACGCACGCACGCACGCGAGCGAGGAGCUGUACUAUCCCGUAUGCGGAUCUGACACUUUGGCGUGUGUUAGUUCUUAACGGCUGAGAAGGAGAGAGAGAGAUAUACUAUAUAUAAAUAUACAUAGAGAGAGAAAGAGAACAGGAAGAGAGAGAGAUACAUUGCUUAAGAAGACGGCGGCAGAUCCAGAGAGAGAGAGAGAGACAGAGAAAGAGCAAGACUUUUCCAAAGAAUUGUAAAAAGUGAUCUCGUAGCGACGUUGCGGUUCCUUCCACAGUUAGUUGCUGACAUAAAGUGAUUUCGGAAAUUACGAAAGAAAAAAGGAAACAACAGCAACAACAGUAACUGGUGUGCCUUUAGAAAUGGAAGCCGAAUCGUAAAUUGAAAAUGAAUCUUCCCUCUUCUUCUUGAGCGGCUGAAUAACUAACUUAUCGCGUAUAGGAUUCACGUUACAGCAACACCGUCACGUAACAAAAUGUCAGUCGUCACCAGCCGAAGCAUCUGAAGCGUCGAAAGCAGCAAUAGCAGUAACUUGCCUUUUUUUUAUUUUUUUCGAAGCGAAUCAUUUUCCCUCGAUUGGUAUUCUUGGGAGCCUUUUCGCACCAGUGAUAUAGUUCGAAGUUCCGAAGUUCGAAGUAGGAUAACGAUGGUAUCCUUCAGGAUUCUAUAAAGAAGACGGCCAGAAUGUCCUAAGAGCUUCAUUCAUCCUACGACUCGAAUAUCCUGGUCUCCCCCCAUUCCUCCCCAGUCAUCCUCAAAUUCGGAAUCUUUUUUUUUCUUUCUCGGAGAAUUUUUGAAAAUACGGACUAAAUAUUUUUUUCUCUUUUGGCACAAGUUUGCGUAGAUUAUUCCUUUCACGUCGACUCGACUAAGCCGGUCCCAAGUCUCUGCGAAAACUGAAGGAAUUGAUAAGGUUAUAAGAUAUUCAAUCCGAGUUGAGAUAGAAAUCUUUACCAGAGGAAAUCUUGCGCCCAGAAAAUAUCUAUCGUUAUCAAAUUCAUCUUACUGGGUACAGCAUACGAAAAGCGAUACACAGAUUAGCGAGAUAGAGCGGGAGAAAGAGAGAGAGAGAGAGAGAGAGAGAGAGAGAGAGAGAGAUAACGUUGAAGAAGAAGUGGAGAAGAUAAAAAAAAGAGGAGAGAGAGAGAGAGAUAGAAGAGGAAAAUAGAAAAAAAGACCAAUAGAAAAUAAGGAAUAAUUCUCAUAAUGAAGGUGUCCUUUGUGUGCAAUUGUGUUCUACUCGCUGCUACGCUCCUGGCAACUUCGGCAGAAGGACGAUCAUAUCCCUGGCACAAGUCAACACAAGAUUUCCGUUAUCGUUAUGGCAAAAUUCAGAGUCGAGAGGGCAGAGUGUCGAAUCACCACCAGAGCCAGAAAACCCACGUGCAGGCGUCCGAUCUGAAGGAAUUAUUUGACGAAACGUUAUCGGAAUUUCUCCGCGCCACCGAGCCUGACAACCACCUCCCCCAGCGCCUACCUCCCCGGUUCCCCUCCAGGGUGCCGGCAAGGCUCUCCCACCGCAUCAUGACCAAUGAGCUUCAAGAUAUCGGUAUCGACCCAGAACAGGAGGAGCUCUAUAGCGCCACAGUAGCAGAGAGGGAAGAGUUGAUUGGAGACACGAGCAGGCAACGCUACCUGACUUCGGAUUACCAGAACUACCACGAGGAAGUGUGUGAAACCAGAAGGAAAUGGACGUUGCUCAACGAGACGGUAGACAUAGACGGAAAUGAGGUGGUCAUUGUAAACCCAGUGGGGCAGGAGAAGCAGAUUGUCUACAAUUACGAGUGCGUCUCCCCUUGUUCUGCUUGUAAAGGCGUAGGGGUGAAGUCGUCGUGUAAGAUGCGCUACAGCUACGUCAAGAUGUACAUCCGGUUGAAGUAUGGCUAUCGUCCCGAGGACCCCAAAUGGGAGUUCGUCUCCGUUCCUUCCCACUGCGCAUGCGAACUAGUUCCCGAUAACUUUAUUGACGGAGAGUGUUUGGACUAAGAUACGUGGAGAUUGGCGGCAUAUAUUCCCAACCCAACUCCCAAACCCCCGACCCUUUACAGAUAUGGGUGUUAUCUGAACCUAUCCUCACAACAUAAGCGCUUAUUAUUUCUUCUGUCUCCCGCAAGAACGCCAUCUGCUUCGCCAUCGUGUGGAUACCAAGCCUCGUCUGUUUUUUCGAUUUGAUUUUCAUCCUGAAAGAUCCGGCCAGCCUCCUGCUGCUUCCUCUACGGAAGACGGGAACCCGAGAGGAAAAUCGCUUGGCAACCGUUUCAAGAAGGGAAUAAGAGCAGAGGAAGACUGAGUAGUAGUGUAGUAGCUCGUGACAAGCGUAGAGACGGAGAGGAACUGGACGUCGAAGAAGAUGCUGCUGAUAGCCAGAGACCAUUAUUAAUAGCCGACACCUGGCUCACCCCUCCCCCAACAACCUCGCCCUCCACCCCAAUCCUCCUCCUCCUCUUCACUCGCUCGCUCGUUCGCCCUUUUCCCGCCGGAUUCGGUCUACCUUUCCCGCCCAAAAUCCAUCUCUUCCUCAAGAAGUGGAUUUGAGCACCAGCUGUGGAUCUCACAGCUUACGACUGCGGAUCUCAGCCCCCACAGGUGGUUCUCAGUUCCACCUGUGGAUCGAUUUGUUUUAAUUGCACACACACAAAGCAUCGUAAUUAUUAUUAUCAUCAUGCAUCUGGCAGAGUGAAGAACCUGUUCAGAGAGAGGCUGGAAUUUUGUUAUCAUAUAGUCUCUGAAUAACGCACUUACAAACACACAACAAAUACAAUGCUUAUAGCAGACUGUUCUACCUUAGACUAGGAGAGAGAGAGAGAGAGAGAGAGAGAGAGAGAGAGAGAAGACCGGGAAGAAGAAGAGGAAGAUAAAAGAAGACUGAACAAGCGGAAAAAACAAGAAAGAAAGAUUAAAGGAAAUAUAUGAAGUUUUGUCUGAAAUGUGGCUGACUUAAAUACGAAAUCCGUUGAAGAAAAGGAAGAAAAUAAGAAGAAAGAGAGAGAAGAAAAUAACGACAGAAGAACUAGACAUAACUGAGAUCAAGAUAUAGCAGACGAAGACAAUGCAACAACCAAAGGUUCCCUUCAUUAGCUCUUUCUGGAAGAAGAAGAAGAAGAAGAAGAAGAAGAAGCGAAUUGUGUCGCGCGCGACAAAUUGUCGUCGGAUGUACUUCUUGUAAGUCUGUUUCUCUGUUCUGAAAUUAUUCAGAUCUUUCCUUUUUUUCAGAUAAUCUUUGAUUCCAUUAUGAAGAUCUGUUUAAAAAAAUAAAUGAAUUCUGUGAA